AUGGCUUUGGUUGGGCUGGAGGUAAGCUCCGAGCUGAGUGGCUCGACCAGUCUAGCUCUCAUGACUGAAACUAGCCAUGGCAUCGUGACUCGUUCUAAACUCGUUAUCAACACCCAAUCCAUACACAAAGAGAUGAGUCGUAGAGUUGUGCUAAGACUGAUUACUAGUGGGCUAGCUUCGGCUUCUUUUGUUCAGAUUGCAGAUGUGAAAGUGAAACCUAUCAAGGUUGGCCCACCUCCUGGUGUAUCCACUGAACUAUGUGAAUCUCUGGCCACGUCAUCUUAUUCAUAUUCUCUUUUCCCCAUUUGCUUCAUAGGUAAGUAG